AUGGUCCCUCGUGGUCUGUACGUCCAUGGAGGCGUUGGAACAGGCAAGUCCAUGCUGCUGGAUCUCUUCUUCCGGGGCGCCAGCGUGCAGCGCAAGCGCCGCGUUCAUUUCAACGAGUUUAUGCUGGAAGUGCAGACACGACUGAAUCAGGAAAAGAAGGAGCAGCUGGAUCGUUACGGUAGACAGCGACACAUUGUGCUGGACCAGAGUCGAGAUGUGGUGCUACAGGUGGCGCACGCUAUUGCGGACGAGAGCCAUUUGCUGUGUUUCGACGAGUUUCAAGUCACUGAUGUGGCAGACGCUCUUAUUAUGAGGAAGCUGUUUGGUGUGCUCUUUGCGCGUGGAGUCGUGAUGGUUGCAACGUCAAAUACCUCGCCACAGGAUUUAUACAAGGACGGAACGAACCGCGAGUAUUUCUUGCCGUUUCUGGAUCAACUGGCGCGGCAUACGAGGGUGGUGCCGAUGAACUCAGACGUGGACUACAGAUUUCUAUGCGAGCCUGUGGGUGGUGAGGAGACGUUCUUGUCCCCGUUGACGGAUGUUACAAAGCACAAGAUGGACGCUGUGUAUAAAGAUCUGCUGGUGCUUGGCGAUGAAGGUCUUGCCGAGGACAACGGCAGUGUUCAGGACGAGCACUUGCGUGUUCCUGUGAUGAUGGGACGUACUCUGGAUGUCCGAGGCCACGCAAAGAGCGGUGUAUGUCGCGCGUCUUUCAGUCAGUUGUGCGACACCGAGAAAGGUGCUGCAGACUACAAGGCGAUGGCGGAGUGCUUCCAUACUCUGGUACUCGACGACGUACCUGCUUUGAAUAUGGCACAGCACGACCAAGCACGACGAUUUAUACUGCUAGUAGACGAGUUGUACGAGCACCGCACGCGGCUUGUAUUAUCGACCGAAGCCGCCGAGCCUCGAGCCAUUUUUCUAUUUGAUGAUGACAGCGUACGUGCAGCGUCGGAAGGAGCCAAUAGCCCUGCUGCACUCGAGGAGGAGAAGCAGCGAGUGAACAAGGAGAAUGCAGCUGUAGGCGUGCCUACUACCAGUUCUUGGGAUGCCGCUGUAGGUGCCUAUGGUCCGUCGCAAAUGGCCGGGUUGGACGUGGGCAACCUGGUUGCGCUGAAAGACCUGAAAGUUGCUUUCAAGCGCGCUGUAUCACGACUGCGCGAGAUGCAAAGUGAGCGAUACCUGGAGGAAAACAGCCGUUGGCGUCCUAAACGAAGGGAACGACGCCAACAAGUUGCUCAGACUAUCAAUCAACAAAACUACAUGUAG